CGGCAGGGGCCGCCGCCGCCAGGCUGAGCGGAGCCGAGCCGAGCGGAGCAGGGUAGCGUGAAAAGAGCGGUGAGGUGCGGUAACGGUGACCCCGAGGAGCAGGGCGGCAUCUCCACAUCUCCAUCUUCCUCUGAGUGGCGAGGCCGGACCUGGCCGGUGCUUUACUGCUGCGUGCGGGGGGAGAAGGAUGGCUGCAGCUCCUCCAAGUUACUGUUUUGUAGCCUUUCCCCCAUGCUCUAAAGAUGGGCUGGUGGUGUUUGGAAAGAACUCUGCACGGCCUAGGGAUGAAGUGCAGGAGGUGGUCUACUUCGCUGCUGCGGAUCAUGCUCCGGGAAGCAAAGUUGAGUGCACAUAUAUUGAGAUUGAGCAGGUGCCAAAGACUCAUGCUGUUGUGCUGAGCAGGCCCUCCUGGCUUUGGGGGGCAGAAAUGGGAGCUAACGAGCAUGGAGUCUGUGUGGCUAACGAAGCCGUCGUGACCAGAGAACCAGCUUCUGAAUCUGAAGCCUUGCUUGGAAUGGAUCUUGUCAGGCUUGGCCUAGAAAGAGGGGCAACAGCUAAAGAAGCAUUGGAUGUAAUAGUUGCUCUGUUGGAAGAGCAUGGACAAGGUGGAAAUUACUAUGAGGAUGGGAGUUCAUGCCAUACAUUCCAAAGUGCAUUUUUGAUUGUGGACAGAAACGAAGCCUGGGUACUGGAGACUUCUGGAAAGUACUGGGCAGCAGAAAAAAUCACUGAGGGUGUGAAGUGCAUUUGCAAUCAGCUUUCAUUGACUACAAAAAUUGAUGCUGAGCAUCCUGAGCUACGGAACUAUGUGAGAAGCCAAGGCUGGUGGAGCGGAGACUCAGACUUCAAUUUCUCUGAAGUCUUCUCUCUUGCUGAUGACCAUUUAGCCUGCUCUUCUGGCAGGGAGAGCCUAGAAAAGCAAGGUGGUGAUGUUUCUGCACAAGCUAUGAUUGAUGUUCUGAGAGACAAGGACAGUGGUGUCUGUGUGGACUCUGAAUCCUUCCUUACUACAGCUAGCAUAGUGUCUGUUCUGCCUCAGGACUCUAGUUUUCCCUGUGUUCAUUACUUUACUGGCACACCAGACCCUUCAAGGUCCAUAUUUAAACCCUUUAUUUUUGUUGAUGAUGUCAAAUCAGUACCAAAAGUACAGUCUCCUUCUUUUGGCAAUGAUGAUCCUGCUAAAAAGAUACCUCGCUUCCAGGAGAAGCCUGACCGCAGGCAUGAAUUGUACAAGGCACACGAGUGGGCAAGAUCUCUCCUUGAGAAUGAUCAGGAUAAAGGCCAGAAACUGAUGAGGAUUAUGUUAGACCUUGAAAAGCAAGGCUUGGAAGCAAUGGAAGAUAUCCUUACUCGUACAGAGAUCCUGGAUCCUGCUGAAGUAGUGGAUCUUUUCUAUGACUGUGUUGACACAGAGCUAAAGUUCUUCAAAUAACCUACAGUGGCUGUUGUCAGCCUUUUCACUGGAAGACUGCAAAGUUCUCCACACCUUGAAAGGAAGUCUUCACACUUGUGAAUUGCAGGAAAAACAUUUCUAGAGGAAGAAAAUGUUACUUGCUAGCUGUAUCCAGUUAACAAAUUGCUUUCCUUGUUCCAAUCUUGUGGUGUUCCUGUUUGUGUACAUAUAUAUAGUGAAAGAAGAAAGUCACUGACUGGUCCAGUUACUGUUGUGCAUGCUGGCUAAUUUAGCACAGAAUGUUUAAAUAUGUAUGUUGGGCAACCAAUUAAAGCAAAAAUUAACUUCAUCAGGCUAGCUGCCAUAUCAUCAUUGAAAGCAAUCUGUUUUCUCCUCUAUUGCUCAAGACUAGGCUUGCAGCAAAGCUGACUCACAUUUUUCUCUUCUUGCUAAUUCAUGCAAAGAAAGAGAGAGGUGACAUCCCAGUUUUGAGGGGCAGGAAGGUUAAGUCCUGCUUCUGUAC